UGAUCGUAAAUAUCUUUUUUUUUUUUUAAGUGUCAUAGGAUAAUGACAAAUUAUAGAUUUCUAUACAAAACGGACAUCAGAACGUUGCGGUAGUGCUGUACGUUGAUCAAUAGCGUAUUUGCAUAAAAUCGAUUAAUGACCUAAACCAACAUCCCUUAUUACGUGCGUAUGAGUCUUUACAAGAAAAAUAUUUGUGCUGAAAAAUCUGUUUCUGAGGCACACAAUACCAAAGGCACACAUGACUGAAUUGAUAAUGAAGAACCAAAUGGCUGAUAACAAUAUUGAAAUAAUCCAUCAGUUUCUUUUGGAUCAUAAUUUUGAGAACACUGCUAAGGCUUUGAUACAAGAAGCUUUAAAAAAGAAUUAUCAGAAUCUCGAAUUAAAAACUAUAACAGAUCCCUGUGAUAAAUUAAUGCUGUACUACAAUACCGGGAAUUAUUCAGAAUUUUUUCAGUUAUGGAAGAACUUAUUUUCUGAUAGCAUCAAACAAUGUGAAGAAUAUAAGAAGUUGACAUUUUAUUUACAUGUACAUUUUGCUAUACUGCCACAACGUACAUUGCAUUCUAACGGAUGUGAUAAUAAAGAGUUUGUAGAAAAAUGCAAGGAGAAUAUAAUUGAAAUUGAGAAAAAUAUAAAUAACAGUAUGAAACAAUUGCAAGAUUAUUUGCUUGGAGACGGUAAGGAAUUGGAACAUGACACUGAGUUGCAACCUUUUUAUGCGUUACCAUUUGUAAAAGAUCUUCAUAAAGAUACGUUUUUUUCUACAAUAUUGGAACAGUUUUGGCUGGAUGAAUUAUCAAAAAAGUUAAAUUUAUUUAUUACAAAUCACAGACAAGAUGUGAUUGAGCCAAACAAUGUCAAAUCUAAUGAAGAGCAAUCGCAAGACGCGAUUCAAUCUCCAAAUAUCUCGUCAAAAACACAAGAUACGGAAUCACAUGUUACACAAAAUAAAGUUACAAAAAAUAAUACAUCGAUUGUGCCAAACGACAGAGAUAUACCCAUCAAUAAGAUACCUUUUUUAGAAGAUUAUGACGAUGAGCAAUAUAAUUUGUUUCGUAGGACAAGUCGUAAUCUAAAAUCGAAAUGCACGCAAACGCACAUCACCGGAGACCAAAUUACGAUUAACGGUUCGAAAGCUGGUACAUCGAAUGUAACAGAAGAAAGAUUGAUUCAAUGUAAUCAAGACUUGGCAUUGACCAAGUCUCAUUUAUUCAUUAUUCGCACAAGUUAUGAGAAGCUAAAAGUGAGAUUUCACAAACUACACGCGGACUAUCACAAAUUGAUAGACGUUGCUGGAGAAUUAACCGUAGCGUUGGAGAAUUCAGUGAAAGGACAAGCUGUUGACAUACAACGAACGCUCGAAAUAUGCAUGAAAAUAUUCCCGGACUUGUUUAAUCAAAAUAUAAGAGAGUCUUACCCAUCCUUAUUGCAACUCGGUUAUAAUGACGUAAAAACAAUUGCAAUGUCUAAACUUGACAUAACAGCAGUACCGGUGUCUCCGAAAUUAUUGGAUUACAAAAAAAUCAAAUUGCAUCUACUCAAUGGGGAUGUGAAGACAAAGCUAUUGCUAUUACAAGCAUUACGUUGGAAAAUAACGCUCGCGCAGUUGACGGAACAGGAGGAGGUUUUGCACGAGUAUAUAAAUCAUGAUUUGUUGGGGUUUCACGGACAGAUCGCCAGCAACACUGGCAAGCCAAUCUUGCCAUGUUUGUUAACCACGGGAGAAGCGUACGCCAGACAUCUUUUGCAACAAUUCACCGCUCGAUUGUUAAACACACUGGCAUCUUUCAGAUGCGGACGAGAUUACUUGUCAAUUGGAUCGACCAUCGUAAAUAUGAUCUUUACUUGUCUCGACAAUAAUCAUGGUGACGGAAUAGAUUCUUUCGCGUGCGACAUGAUGGUGGCGAUGUUACAGAAACUGUCUUUACGUAGACAGCAACGUAUAUACAUGAUAGAAAGCGGACUGCUAGAAUGGCUGAUCCAUCAUUUGCACGAUAAUUGUCACGUUAUUAGUUUGUACAGAUUAGAAUAUGCCACAGCGCUUCUGAUGAAUCUGUCAUUACAUCGAUUAGCACAGGCUAGAGCGUCCAAAAUAUCGUCUUUACUCGUUUCCACUUUGCUUGUUCUUCUCUCGUUAGAUCACACGUCUUCUUUGCCGUAUAUCAACGGAGCACUGAGCAAUUUUUUGUGCAAUCCUGUGAUCAACGAGGAAGCGAGAAAAGUGAAACACUCGGAUAUAUCGGACUAUCUCGGUGGCAAUCAUAAAACUAUAGAAUUACGGAAGCAUCUGGAUAAUAUACUGAGAAUACAGAAGCGUGAAAAUAUUAAUACGCCACAAAAUGACGAGACCGGUGACGAUGAUAAUGCAGAAUUGGAUGUACUGGAACAUGAAUUAGAUGAAAAUGAUCCACUGCAAAAUUAUGUCGGUGAACUCAACGGAGAGACGUUACUUGCGGUGUGUUAUAGUCUUUCUUCGAAGGUUUCUCGGAGCGCUUUAACAACUGAUACGACAACUGAUACGACUCUACAACAAAAAUCAGCGUUGAAUUCUACUGAUUUUUACGGCAACCAACACGACAAUUAUCUUUAUAACAAACAUUCGUCAAAUGCUACAAUAAGUACCGCGAAAGGAUUCAACCGAAUCGAAUCUUCAUUACUAAAGUGUGAAAGUCGAUUGUAUGAAAAGCAGAACAAAAAUUCAUUAAAAACUGUAGCUUGGACAGGCACGGUGAAACAAUCUUUGACUGAGCAAAAAUUUUUUAACGAUAUGAUUUACUUGUAUGACAGUCGAACUUCCAAAAAUAGUAGCGAAAGAGCACUGACAUCGUCUACGACUCUUAUCUCUGCUCACGAGAACAGCCAAACAGAAGUGGAGAAAUUCAGCAGCAUAGCAUCGUUGAAUUAUAAUAGCAAUAAUAAAGUUAAGGACUCUUCGUGGAAAGACAAUCCAGAGCUCGCUAACGAAGAAGACGCAUUCUUGUCCAAGCCUAGGAUAUCGAGAACACCUCCGUGAACAUUGCAUCAAAAAGUUUAAAUAAAAAAUGCGAGAAAAAACAUUUAUACGAUUUAUACGAUGUUAAAACUCUUGUAGGAUGUCUAUUAACAACAGGUGAAAUAUUAUCAGUUAUAUACAUUUUUCAGGACGGAAAAAAAGAGAGAGAGAGAGACUAUUUCAAUUAUUUC